UUUUGUUUCAUUGCUUUGAACUUUGUUUAGAUUCAAUUAGGUUUUUUAAAACCCUUUUCAGGAUCUGCGUGCUUUUAGAUUGUCAGAAUUUAGUGUACAAUCCCGACUCACCAUGCGAAUGUGUUAUGUUAAAAAUGAUGGUGCUCCGUAUCGAGGCAUGUUAGCCUAGUGGUUGAUCGUGCUCAAUAUUCUGGAGUAUGGUUAGGUUCAAAAACUAUCUUAGUAAAACAACUCAUGAUCUGCGUGUUUUCUGUCCGUUAUCGCUGUUUUGGUUUUAUUUUGGAGAAGAUAACCCCCGAUUGGUUAUUUGUUACAAGUCUCUGGAAUCGAGCUUUAGCUGAUGAGUGUGUGACUGUAAGUGUUUCCUGUUGUAACUUUAAUUGGAUGAUUAUAGAGCAUGAUUUUUGUACUUGGUCUUUGUAUUUGACAGACAGUCAUGAGAGGGAGGAGUUAUACUCCGUCGCCCCCUAGGGGUUACGGCAGGAGAGGACGAAGUCGUAGCCCGAGGGGCCGUUAUGGUGGUGGCCGUGGUAGAGAUCUGCCCACUAGUCUUUUGGUUCGUAACCUUCGCCAUGAUUGCAGGCCGGAAGACCUUCGGAGGCCAUUUGAGCAGUUUGGUGCCCUGAAGGACAUCUACUUGCCUAGGGAUUAUUAUACUGGGGAGCCCCGUGGAUUUGGUUUUAUUCAGUAUGUAGAUCCUGCGGAUGCUUCCGAGGCAAAACAUCACAUGGAUGGUUAUGUGCUUCUUGGCCGGGAGUUGACUGUUGUAUUUGCAGAAGAGAAUAGAAAGAAGCCUGCUGAUAUGAGGGCCAGGGAGAGAGGAAGGGGUCGAUUCCGUGAUCGCAGAAGAUCUCCACCUCGUCGUGGAAGAUCACGGUCCCGAAGCCAUGAUUAUUACUCUUCUCCCCCAAAACGCAGAUCCAUCUCACCUAGAGAUGAGAGGUACAGCCGAGAGAGAUCUUAUUCACGUUCUCCAGCCUAUAAUGGACCAAGGGUUCACGGUCAAAGCCCUGGUAGAGGCCCAAGUUUGAGCAGAAGCAGGAGCCGGAGCCCGCGAAACAGAAGCCAGAGCCCGCAAAACAGAAGCCAGAGUCCAAGAAGAAGUAUUGGUGGGAGUCCAAGGAGAAGCAGAAGCAGGAGCCAGAGCCCAAAUCAUGAAGAAUAUAGGCGAGAGAGGAAUGGAGAUCUAUCUCCAAGCCAGUGAUUUGCGUGUCUGUUGCUUGGAAGUGUCGUUGGAGUUUGAUAACCCGGUGCCUUAUCAUUUGAUGGCAUGUGUCUACCUGUUCUGGUGUUAUUUGAGCUUUGGCCUUGUAGGAUAUUUAUUGUACCCUUGUCGUUUUAGCUGAUGCGUAUUACCUUUUUAUAUUUCAUCAGAGAAUCCGAAUUCCAUUGUGUAAGUGACUUUCGGUGAAAGCUUGUGUAUGUGCUUGGAACCAUCUGUACCCGUAGACUUUUUUAGUUAGCGGAUGACAAAUCCGGAAAGUAUAGGUCGGAAAGAUUCUUGAUUUUGGCAACUUUUCUAAUUUGUUUCUUGUGAGUUUGGCAGCUUAAAUGAAACAGCUCUAGGUUCAUGUUUCCAUUA